AUGCUGGUGAAACGAGAUUCUCUUGCCACUGGGUCUUGGAAUAUUCAGGAUGAAAUACGAAGAGUGCGCUCCAAGGCUACAGAAGAUCUACUACGCACCCUUCCAUCCACAAAAAUUGAUCUCUCUUCAUAUGCUCUAGAGCCUAAAAAUACUGAAAAUGCCUCGGUGGCUGAUAAAGCAGUAGCGAGUAUGGAAGAUAAAGCACACGUGUUAAAUGCUUUAACCACAACAAAACCAAUAGAUGCAUCUCUAAACUUUGCCUCAGGAACAGGUCCUUAUCAUGGCUCUCCUCCAGUUUUGGAGAUGGCACAAGAUGGCUCACGGAAUGAUGCUGUGUCACCCAAUGCAGCUACUUCUGUUACAGAACGAAAUCAGGAUUUGACUGCCAAUCCAACUGCUGAGGGAGGAGGUGCUGCCAUAAAGUCUCGUGAAUCUAUGAAUCUAGAGUUUGGAACAAGGCAGCUUGCUGGAUAUUCAUGUGCAAUUGCACCAGUGUUGUAA